GUCUGAGAUUGUUUCUCCCUCCGUCGUUGACCCGAGCGAUUCUCGUGAAGUUGUGAUCAACCCCCUCAUCCCCCAGGACCAUUUGCCUCUCAUGGAUAUGAGCAUGUUCCUUGAUGUUGGCCUGAUGGAUGGAAAAGACUCGGUCCCACAGGGUGAUUUUUUUCCGGAUGCCCUUGAUGUUUGCGAUUCCGCAACACCCCCUCCCCCCGCGUUUCCCGUGAUGAGUGAUGACUUGGAGUGCCUGAAAGGUUUUGUUGCUGGAUGCAGUGAGCAGCAGACCGUAGCUCCCCCCUCUCUCUCGCAUGCCUUGGCGAUUAUCGCCCCCGGUGCUUCCCCAUUUUCGGUAGGAAAAUCCACGCCCACCAUCGAUAUUAAUUUGUUCCAUGCCUCCACCGGCCAUGUCAUCGAAUUCUUGAUGCGUGAAACGGCCAAGCAGCAGGGCGUACGAUUGGUGGGGGAGAUGCAGCCGUGUGUGGGCUGCGUGGAAGCGAAGGGUAGGCGGGCCCCGGUGCCGCGGCGUGGCACCCGCGCGGCGGUACCGUUCGGCAAAAUCCACAUCGACCUCACGGGCCCGUUCUCUGACGCGUUGGACGGCUCCCGGUAUCUGAUCAUGUUCGUGGACAGCGCAUCGCGGUGGCAACGGGGGUACGGGAUGCGGGCCAAGAGCGACACCCUGAAGUUCGUGCAGCGGUUUCUCGCCGACAUGAACGGCAUGGGCACUCCGGGGUGUUUCCGCAUGGACAACGGCGGCGAGUUCACCGGCUCCGCGUUCAGCUCGUUCUGCGACGCUGCUGGCAUUCGGCGCGAGUACACCGCCCCCGACACCCCCAAGCAAAACGCGGUGGUCGAGAGCGCCAUUUGGCGCGCCAUGAAGGGGGGCCACGCCGCUCGCCGCCACAUCCUCGCCAUGGGCCACGUCGACCUCUCCUCCGUCCCCAACGUCGGCGUCAACGGACAUCGCCUGUGGCUCGCGUCGGCGCUGUGGGCAUCCGCCUGCUUCAACCGCUCGGCGACGAAGGCCAACCUGGGCUGGAUGUCUCCGUUUGAGGCGUUCUUCGGCCGGAAACCGCCCCUCACCGUCGUCCCUUUUUUCCAGGAGGGGAUGAUGCGCGUGAAGCGGGCUACCAAGGCGGACGUCCAAUCCGCGCGGUGCUUCUA